UUCACCAACGUCAACGUCGACAUACGCGAGCCAGAAAACUGAUAAAUGAUAAAGCAAGUUGAUAUCAAGUGAACUUCCUACUAACAAGUGACAAGUGCCAAGUGCCAACGAAUUAGAACCCGAAAUAGUGUCAAUCAAACUAAUGUUACAAUCUUGCCUGUGACGAGCCACAUUUCAACACUGUAGAAAACAAAGUGAAAUUUGCCACAAACUAAAAACGAGAAGGCAAAACGAAUAUAGAGCAAAACAAAAACGAAAUUUAAACGUUUGGCAUAUUAAUCAACAGAGAUGCCAAGUCUGCCAGUGAAAACAAAGCAAAGACCUGGACAACUUAUCAUAGAGGAUUAAAACAGAGAGAAACUCAAAGCGAAUGGAAGUAAAAAGACGAAAGAAGCAAAGCUAAUCAACGUCUGCCACAUUCCUGUAGGCGACUAGAAUCAUCGUUGCCUGUCGCUGUCCAGCCACGCCUCCUUCAAUCUUUAAUACAAGAGGAAAAGAAACGUUUGUACGAAACGAACAGCAACAGCAUCAGCAGCAGAAGCCGCCGCCUCAUUUGGCCACUGCGGAUUAUGUUAAUUAGAUUUUAAGCACGCGACGACAAGAGGAGGGAGCAACACCAUCGACUGGGGAGCAUUUGGCUGGGUAAUGUGACAACAGUUUUCUACCAACAACAAGGAAGAAAGAGCAUGAACAGGUGAACAGCAAUGUUUGCUUUUUAAUUGACAUUCGCUCGAGUUGAGCUGUGCAUUGCGUUUUGUUCAACAGCAAUUAGUUGGCCAGCAAGACAAAAAACAAACAAGCACAAAAAAAAGGGAAAAAUCCCCGAGACACAACAAGAAAGAAUAAAGCAACAAGAAAUUGUUGAAACAAUUGCAAAAGAAACGGAACAGAGAAUAAGAGCAAAAAGAGCAACAAUAGAGACAGAUAAAUAGAAUGAUCUCGUUGAUUUAAUUAAAAAUUCAGCUGCUAAGUAGGCAAUGGUAUUUUAACGAGUGUCGUACGCAAUGGCCGACAGAAAGGAAGUUGCUAUUGCCGUCACUGUCGCACCGUUGACAGUUGUCACAUGCUUGGCCAGUGGCACGCACGUGACGACCUACUGAACAAAACGAACAAAGCGGCACAAAACAAAAAAAAACGGCUAGCCAUAUUCAAAAUAACCAACGAGCAGCAACGCGCUAAACGUCUGCACGUACUGCACAUAAAUUCCAACUGAAAUAUACAAAAAGGCCUCCCCACUCACAUUUUGGCCAACAAAAACACACAGAAAAAAACGUAUACACCCUUCCCUGUAGAAAGUGAAAAAAUAAUAAGAAAAUGGUGAAAAUGAAGCCACGCCAAACGAUGAAACGACACUGUGAUCUAGGACUGACCAGUCUACUUCUGGCCUGUUCACUUUUUAUAACAAUUGUUGGCUGUACCACACCAGCGGAAGAGGCUGCUGUAAGAGAAGAGCAACAUAUAUCCGCUUUGGAGCCUUUUGGUCUCCCCUAUCCAAGUAUUCAUCGUAUGCUGCGGAAUGAAAACGAGCCGGACAGCUAUCGUGGGGAAACACGUUAUCAGCAAAAGAGAUUCAUUCAACCACGCCAGAAGAGAUCCAUUGUCGACACGACACAAUCUGUUGCUAGUGCUCGUGUAUUAAAUGCCACCCAAAAGGGUUUGGAAGGCUUUUACAAUAGCAGCAGCCAGUUUAAGGGACAAUUUGAGCUAAUCACCAUAAUGGAUUUGAGCAGUAAUCGUUUGAACGGAGUUCAUUUGGACAGCAAAUUCACACAACUUCGAUUGUUGGAUAUUAGCAACAACUCGUUGAGACAGCAACCCUUCCAUCUGGCAUCGACUGCCGUGUCUUCUCUGACUACUUUGGAUUUGUCGUGCAAUCAUUUCAGUCAACUGUCAUCUGGUAGCUUCUUCGCACAGCAACUGCCAAGCCUGAAACAUUUGAAUUUAGCCCACAAUCAAUUGGGCAAUAUCUCACGGGAAACUUUCUACAAUCUCUACGAAUUGCAAACUCUUUUGCUCAGUCACAACAACAUCACGGAUAUCGACUAUGAGACCUUCUUGGCUCUGCCCAAUCUGCAGCAUUUGGAUUUGUCGUACAAUCGUUUGGCAGGCUCAGCUAUAAGAGCACUGCAGGGUAUACCGGAUUUGGUAACUCUAUCGAUUGCCCACAAUCCUCAAGUGGGUGCGGCCAUGCAGGAAUUUGUGGCCUCCUGGAGUCUCAAGGAACUGGAUGCCAGUGCCACUGGACUGUGUCAAGUGCCAGCCGCUUUGGCUCAAUCUGUACGCACACUAAAAUUAUCGGACAAUUGGCUCAGGACAAUCAACUGUGGCGAUAUGGAUAGCUAUCCGCUCUUGCAAUAUCUGGAUCUGUCUCACUCACGCAUUGCCCAGGUAGAAGAUGAUGCUUUGGGUCGUCUCGAACUGCUGGAGACUCUGUUUCUCAAUGACAAUCAAUUGAUGCGAGUGCCAGGCAGUUUACCCACAUCGCUGGAGCAAUUGUUUAUGCAAAAUAAUCAAAUAAUGGACUUGCAGCCGCAAGUAUUUGCCGGUCUGGUGAAUCUUCAAAUUCUUGAUCUGUCGGGCAAUCGGUUACUGUAUUUACCACCCCUGAGACUGCCCAAGUUGAUUACCCUAAAUCUACAGUCCGCUGGUGUGGAGAGUGUGAGUCAAUCAAUAGUGCACACUUUGCCAGAGCUGAGGGAUCUGCUGCUUGACGACAAUCCUAUCAAAUGCAGCGAUCUCCUGGGCAUAGCCGAGUGGGCAAGUCCCUGUCGAAGCGUUGACAUGAAUCCACCAAGAAAGGAGAAAAUCGAUUUAAAGCAGCAAUAUAUGCAGUUGUAUAACUUUUAUGAGCAUUUCAAAACUCAAUGCGGCCGAGCCAAGGAAGGACGACAAACCGAAGAUGACAAGGAUUCAGCGCCGCCUACUUGCAGACUGCUUGUGCCAACAACAACAAAAACAACAGAAACAGCUACAUCAGAUGCAGCAGCACCAGCAGCACCAGCAGCGGCAGCAGCACAACAAACUAUGCCAAAAGGGCAAAAGUCAAAGACUGAAGGAACAAUGCAAUCAGUCGGUUACAACAUUGCCCAGCUAACCACAAAAACUUUGCGGCCAACUGAAACAACUUCGUUAGCGAAACUGCAACAGCAGCAGCAACAAAUGCCAGGCAUACCACAGCUGACUGCCACAGCGGCAACAGUAGAAGUAAAAACAACAACAACAACAACUUCCAAAAGCCUGCCAACUUUGACUCAGACAAAGGCAACAGAACGACAGAACAUUUUGGCAACAGCCAGCAGUCAACCAACAACUAGACUUACCGUGCCAACAAAUGUUGGCCAUGUUGCUGCCAGUACACCAACAGCAGCAACAACUAUCUCUACGACAACAACAACAGCUGCUGCAUUUAAAGUGCCACAAACAAUUUCGGGGCUUAUAAAAUCCAGCAAACAAGCAACUAAUGAUGAUUGGGCGAAUAAGGAAAGUUUAUUAAAAACUGUGGAAACCACUGAAACAACGACAACGGCAACAUCCAAUGACAUUUCUGAUCAGAUCGCAGCUAUGGCACCACAUAAACAUGCCACACUGCAAUUACAUAUUAAGGAUCGUCAUCUAAUUGGAACGCCUUUACUCAUGCAUAAGGGAGACAAUUUAUUGGUCGAUGCAGAGCAGCUAUUAUUACCCGGAACAGCAACUGUGGCGGAUGCGGCGGAAACAUUGGAAAAGAGCCAGCAACAGCAACAGCAGCAGCGACAGCCAUCCACUGAUAAGCGACAACCGGAAGCAAUAAAUGGCGACAUCAAGUCGCCAUCACCGAAAACCAAGAAGAAACCCUCACUCACCAUCAAGAAGAUGACCUACAGCACUAAGCAUGGCACGACAACAACCACAACAACAACGACAACCACGUCAGCCGCAACACCAACAACAGGAGUAGAAACAUCGACAAUGUUGAACAUGGUGACAAGCAUGAGUACUCCCCAACGACUCCAACACCAACAUGGAAGCGUGAAUACCCCAAAAACUGCUGCUAAGCAAGAGCUGAGCACAUUCGCCCAACUGAAAGCCUAUGCCGAGCUGAAGACAGAGUCAAAGCCCGAGCAUUUGUUGGACAAGCGCCAGGAAAAUGAGCAAACAUUAUCGGGCAGUCAUCCGGGUGUAAUGUUGUUGGUGGCCUGUAUCUUGGUCAUUGUACUCCUGGCGGGACUAGCUCAUGUCUAUCGCUGUGAGUUGCCCUGGCAGCGUCGCUGUCGUCCUGGCCAUGCCAUGCGUCCGCAUCUUCAGCGUCCCUUGAACGAGAGUGAUGAUGGACAUAGUUUUUUGCAUUAUCAAGGAUCUAGUGGCAAUCAUCCAGCAGAUCCGGCCCGACUACAGAAAUGGCAUCACAGUACCAGACGAGAGGCUCCCUAUAGUUCGCCACUGCACAAUUUGCAGGCUCGGGAACUGCAACGAGAGCAACAGAAACUGCAAAGAUGCCAACAAUUCUACAGUGCCUCGCUGGCCAGCAGCAGCUCAUCGACCGCCUCGGGCAGUAGUCGUAGCAGUCUGCAGUCGCCGUGUCAAGAAGAUAGCUAUUACAUUGAGAUGGCACCGAGUAGUCCACCAGCUGCAGUUCGUGAAAUUUCAAUGCCUAGCCUGCCAAUGGAACUAUUAGCCAGCAGUAGCGGCAGCAGCAGCAGCAAUAGCAAUAGCAGAUCCAAAAUGGCAGCCACCGAUUUGGGUGGAACAACAGCAAUGCCAGCAAUUAAAGCAGUGAGCAGCAGAAUAAUGGCUCCCAGCUCACGCAGAUUGGGCAUCUGGUGACAAACCCUCUUUGGACAGCGACAAUACGCGCCUUUCCAGUAGACAAAAUGAGUCAUUAAACCGCCAUCGGAUCAGACAUGAAACAACAACAACAACACAAACAGACGAAUCAAUUUUCACUGGAGGCAUUGUAAGAAGGAAGCAUCACUUUGUUCAGAGACACAUACACUUACACAUACCAU